UGCAAUCACUUAGGUUUGUGGAACGAGGAGUGAGGAUAAAGACGGAGUUAUUGACUCUGUGAAUUAUGAUAUCCAGAGAGGAAGAUUUGGUGGCUAGAUUGACGAAUCAAAAUCACAAAAGAACAGGAGCUGGAUGCAAAAAAUGUGGUUAUCCUGGACAUUUGACAUUCGAAUGUCGUAACUUUGUCAAAGUGGAUGCUGCCAAAGAUGUUGUUCUUGAUGUGAGCAGUACAAGCUCAGAUUCAUCAUCAAGUGAUGAGUUGAAACCGACAUUUUCCAGGGAAGAACAAAGUAGCUCCCACAAACAUAAAAAGCAUAAGAAGAGAAAGAAAUUGAAAAGCCAAAAAAAUAAAUCAUCGCACACAUCAUCAAGUGAGGAUGACAGUGAUUCUGAUAAACGAACAAAAUCAUCACACAAAAAGCGAAAAAAGAAGAAUAGCAGAAAAGAAGAGACUGGAAAGCAGAAAAAAAAGAAGAGAAAGAAAGAAAGUCGCAAAAGAACACACCAUGAAAAAGACAAGGGUGUUGACCUCGAUCAUAAAAGGCAGAGAAGAAGUUCGUCUGACUAACACACUGGUAAUUUCAAGCGAGAAUAUACGAUUCAAGCUGUCUAUAGGGGUCACUGCAUCAAUGUUGUAAAUUGUGUUUUUCAAUUCAUUUGCACAGCCGUGACUCUACCCUGCAACACGAAGUUGAGACUGUAUCUAUAUGAAUCUAAUCACAAGAAAUCUCAGUGCACCGCCUAUCUAAAGGUAUAUUUUUUGUUGCCCAUUGACAAGCUAGUCUCGCAUCAGAAUAGAAUCCUCUGCACCGUUGCUUUCUGUAUGCCUCAUAGCCUAAAUACACAAUGAGAUAUUUUUUAUUUUCAAUGCAAUUCUUAACUGACAACCAUGGAAGAGAGAGGCCAUUAAUGCAAGUUGUAUGAAGUUCUGCAGUCAACAAAAGACUACAUGAUGAAUCAGAUAUGUGACAUAUAAAAGUAAUAAAUAAAAGGCAACUAACUAUA